CUAAGAAUACUCCCGGUGCUUUUUUAGUCGAUUAACAAGACAUGGACCACCUCUUGUCAUGUAUAGGUCCUAGUAUAUAAAUGGUUGCAGCCAGUAGUUCAUACAUUAGUUCAAACAACUGGAAGUAAGACAAUGAGGUCUUAUUUCCUUUUGAUGGUCCUUAUUCCGGCUUCAGCACUUAUAGUAGAAGAUGUAUUUCCACCAAUGUUGGGAGAAUGUUAUGCAGGACAAGUUGAUAAAAUCACCACUCCAUACGAUGUUCAAACUAGCUGUUUAGAAAGUUAUUUGACACAUAUGAACAGAAAUACUAGCGCAAUUGGAUUAGGAAGGGAUGCCUAUGACUGGUUUGAUUCGCUCGGCAAAAAAAUACAUAUUCGGCUAAAACGACAAGCAAAGAGAGGGUACUACCGGCUGCGCGAAAGGAAAGAAAUACGUGCAUUAAGUGAGGACGAAAGGGAGAAUUUUUUCGACGCAGUAAAUGCCCUUAAAAAAGACACGUCGGUCAUACCAAACAAGUAUGAUUCGUUUGCAAUUAUGCACCAGGGAGGCGCCGGAGCAUCUGCACAUUUUGGUCCAAAUUUUGUAAGCUGGCAUCGAUAUUUCUGUGUAUUAUUUGAAAAUGCUCUUCGGGAAGUAGAUGACAAUAGCAGAAGAGUGACUCUUCCUUACUGGGACUCAAGAGCAGAUUAUUUGAUGUCGAAUCCAGAGGAUUCUAUCUUAUUUACUGAAAUAUUGAUAGGGAACCCGAAAGGCGUUGUUUAUUCAGGUCCAUUUGCGCUUUGGUCUACUCCAACAAUACCAGCCACUUUGUUAAGACGUGAUGUAGGAAGAUAUGGUAAUACUGUUGACCCACAGAGGAUAAAAGCAGUGUUUCAAAAAAGUUAUCACCGGGAAAUUCUUAACCCGACAACUGACAGUGAAGAUUAUGCCAAUUUAGAGUCACACCAUGAUAAUGUUCACGCAUGGGUUGGCGGAGAUGACGGACAUAUGGGAUAUGUAAGUGAUAGUCCAAUGGACCCAGUUUUCUGGCUUCACCAUUGUUUCAUAGAUUACCUUUGGGAACAAUUUAGAGAACGCCAAAAAAGAUUAGGAAUAAAUUCAGAAACAGACUACCCAGUUGCACCAAACACUAACGCAGGGCACCUGCCAAGUAGAAAUAUGGAUAACUUGAUACCAACAAAGACGAAUAUUCAGGGGUACAGUAAUUCAUUUACAAAACGAAUUUAUAGAUAUGCAGAUGCGCCUACUUGUAGUAACAGAUGUGGCGGAGCGUUGAACGGAUUUUUGUUCUGUGAUAAAACUAAAAAUGCAUGUGUUUCAAGAUCUAGGUAUGAUUUCAUGCGUCUUGGGGGCUUUAGUAAGGUUAAGAAUUGGUAUCCACCAGGUCAAAAGGGAAACAGGGUCGCCAUCCCAGCAUUGGUAAAAGGUUUGAAAUCUUCGAAGCAACCACAGAACAGGCAAAAGGAAGAUAUAUUAAAAGUCAUAGGGGCUGAACCCGACACAGUAAAGGGAAAAUUUAUAGCAUUUGCAACUAAAGAUAACAACAAAUUAACUCAAACAUCAGCGGCUCCGAAAAGUUCAAAAAAAAAAUUUAAGGUGCACUUCAAUAAUCCUAAAACAAGGGGUCGCAGAUCAGUUGAUUUCAAUUUGAAAAUUGGCUUUGAUAUAAAUCUUCGUAUGAUACAAGAGAGAAAAUCUAGUUCUUUGAGUGAGACCCCAAAUAAACUCGACAAUUUGGCACUGUCUCCAAUAGCAAUAAUAAACAAACACAAAAUAAAUCGAACCCCGGGAAAUGAUGAAAUUAAACAGCAAAGAACAUUCAAUAUAACAUUUCAAACUGAUGGAUUUUCCUAUAGUGGAAGACAUAUGGACUACAUUUCUAUAGAUGAACGCACACUGACGUCUGCAUCUGUUGGUCUUAUUGCAUUUGAGAAGCCAUUAGCUGGUGAAACGAAAGCGUAUGUAAGGGUAUAUGACUCAAACGGAGAGAUGUGUCAACCUAGCUGUCUGGUAUCAAAACUAAUGUAUAAGGAAUGUUCUGGACUAAUCAAGAUCACGUCCGAGUCUCCUCGUAUGUACGUUGAUUCGUAUAAUGGCGCGUUUGAUUCCGAAAUAACACCAUUUCUGAGAUUUGUUUGUGUAAAUUAAGGUUAUUUUUUUGAUUUUCACAUGUAUCUCCAAAAAUGGUGUGAAGAAAAUAAUCAAUUUGAUAGAAUCAAAUAUAAUAAAAGAAUUAUCAGAGGAAA